CACCACCACCCCACUGCUUCCAUGGCUCGGGAUAGCAACCUGUUUCACCUGGCCCCGAAGGCUAAUGAAGCCAGUCGAUACGACCAGACCCGAUUGCUCGUAACGCCUGCCGCCUUGCCAGACUGGUAUGAUCCCCACACUCCUGGCCUCUUUCCUACCCCCCAGGCUUCACCCGCUGUCCACCGGGUUCCACACCCUACUCUAGCCGUGAGGAGCUUUAUGCUGGAUGGCUGGAUGGCUGAAUGGCUGGCAGAUUGGCUGACUGGCUGGUGCUAUUCUGUUCUGAAGACGAUUGGGAGAAUUCGAUUGUUGCCCUGUCGGACGGUGACUGGCUGGCCAGCUUUGAGGCAAGCAGCUAAAAUGCCUAUUCCGCUUUCGCCAGGUUGA